GCUUGUCUCUUCAUCCUUUCCCUUCAUGACAGACGAGCUUCACUUUCACUGAGCCAGACUCCAAGUCCAACUGUGUUCUGUGUUGUACAUUCAUUCCGAGCUCUAAGCCACCAUGAAGGCCUCAUCUGUCGCCCUCGGUGCCGCCCUGGCAGCGGUGGUUUCCGCCUUGCCCUCUCCACCACUCAAGCGGGCCGAGGUCGUUUCUGCCCAGCCGACCACCACUGUUCCCCUCUCGGCUCCCAUAAUUGCCGUUCGCUCAUCCUCGGACGACUGUGACCCGUCAAUUGAGUCCUGCGAUGAGGAGGUGAAGGUCGCCGCCAUCAGCCGCAAGGGCGAGCCCGACGACGAGGACGACGGGUACGACGACAAAGGCGGCAAGGGCAGCAAGGGUGGCAAGGGCGGCAAGGGCGGACACGGCCACCAUCACGGUCAUCAUCACGGUCACCAUCACGGCCAUCAUCACGGCCAUCACCACGGUCACCACCACGGCCAUCAUCAUGGUCAUCAUCAUGGUCAUCAUCACGGCCACCACCAUCACGGCCACAAGCAUAAGUCUAAGCCCGACCACGGCCACGAGCGAAAGCCAGAGGGCCACGCCGAAGGCAAAGGCACCGCCGAAAUAGUCGGCAAGUCCGAGACCAUCGGCCAAGCCGCAGAGCUGCCGUUCGCCGCGGUCAAAUCGCAUGAUGACGGCGAAGAUAGCGACAAGGGAGGCGGAGACUCUGGGAAAGGAUCCGGCUGCGAGAAGGGAGGACAUGGCGGACAUGACAGCGGCGGUAAAGGGGGGGGCAAGGGAGAAGGAGGCAAAGGAGGGGGUGAAGGCGAGGGCGAGGGUAAAGGCGGGGGUAAAGGCGAAGGUGGUGGCCACAAGCACGGAGACGAUGACUGCGAGUCUGAGGACAAGGGAGAAAAGGGCGGAAAGGGGUGGUCUAAGCAUGGCUCCUCCGAACAUCGCCGCCAUCAGUCUGGCGGAUCAUCCCACAAGGGUGAAGGGAAGCCAAAGCUCCGGCAGGUGGUGUAGCGUGUUGUUGGUCGUCGCGGCGUGCAACACGCGCAACAGCAUCGGCCAGGCCAGUGCCGUGACUGUUCUGGUGGCCGGUUUGGCUCGGUUGCUCUAACUCGGGCAUGUUGAGGAAUGCAUAACGGGGAAGUAUUUAAGCCCGGCACGGUUGAUAAGGGGAAGGCGACACAUUGAAAGCUGGCCGA